UCGGUUGUCACGCUGGGCUAAAUAACCUUCUUGGGGGUGAUAGUUGGGGAUGCUUUAAAACUGGGUGCAGCGCCUGUGCUUGGAUAGGAGGAUCCUUUCAGAAGCGGAAUUUUCCCUUAUGUUUGAAGUAUCAGCCCAUGCUAGUCACAGGGGUUCCUCAUAAGGGUACCCAGAAUGAUGCGGUGUCUCCUCAUCAGCCAAGACCAACGCCAUGAUCCAAUUCAUCUGCCUGAUGGUGUGAUGGUGAUUCUUGGCAGGGGACCUAAGACUCUUAUCACUGAUAAGAAGUGUUCACGGACACAAGUGGAGUUACUGGCAAAUUAUGCCUACAGAUCUGUAAGAGUCACCCAGCGGGGGGUAAACCCCACGUCGGUGGAGGAGAUACACCUGCUGAACGGACUGUACCAUUACUGCAUCCGCUUUGAGCAAGAUUCCCGCUCCCCAAAGAAAACGGUGCGGGAGUACUUCAGCCCCCGGCGCCCCUUGAAGGAGGAUGACAACAUGGUCCAGCCCCCCAAGCGGCCCCGGGCCUCCAGCCCUUCUGAGGACGAAGACGACGAUGACCCUUCUGUGGUGGAGAAACUGAGGCAACUGCAGGAGAUGGCCGCUCAGGUGGAGCAGACGCGGCAGCCUUCCCCGCCAGCCCUCCCGAAUCUGCCUUCCCAUCCUCGUGACUCCUGGGAGGACUUUGGCAAGCUCUUGGUCUUCACGAAGAAAGGGGUGAUGCCAAGUGCCAAAAUUGCAGGUUUUGAUUUAGAUGGAACCAUCAUCACUACGCAGUCCGGGAAAGUGUUUCCGACAGGCCCCGAUGACUGGAAAAUCCUGUACCCUGAAGUCCCGCGCAAGCUGAAGCAACUUCUGAGUGAGGGGUACAAGGUUGUGAUUUUCACCAAUCAGCUGGGCAUCAGCCGGGGACGCCUCAGGCCUGAGGUUUUCAAAGCCAAAUUGGAGGCUGUGGUCGAGCGGCUGGGCAUCCCGGUACAGGCCUUUGUGGCGACUGGCUCUGGCAUUUACCGCAAGCCCGUCUUCGGCAUGUGGGACCAUUUGUGCAAAAAGGCAAACGGCGACCUCUCAGUGUCUCUGAGCCAAAGCGUCUACGUGGGAGAUGCAGCUGGGCGUCCACCAAACUGGGCCCCUGGGCAUAAGAAGAAGGAUUUCUCAUGCAGCGACCGCCUGAAAGAGGCUCCGUUUUCACUCCCCGACUUUGAUCCACGGGCGCUGGACCCCAAGGCACAGCUCUAUGAUCCCCCAGAUGCUUCUCUGACCUCCUCCUCCCCAGAGCUGGUUUUGGCAGUUGGCUUUCCUGCUGCCGGCAAAUCAACAUUUGUGAAGCAGCACUUGGUCCCGGCGGGUUAUGCCUAUGCCAACAGGGACACGCUCGGUUCGUGGCAGAAGUGCGUGGCCGUGUGCCAGUCGGCGCUGCAGGCGGGAAAGAGCGCGGUAGUGGACAACACCAAUCCGGACUUGGAGUCGAGACGCAGGUACAUUGACUGUGCCAAGGCGCUUGGGGUUCCCUGCCGGUGUUUCCUCUUCACAGCCUCCUUGGAGCAAGCCAAGCAUAACAACAGAUUCCGGGAAAUGACUGAGAAGGAACACGUCCCCGUUAACAGUAUUGUCUUGAACACCUAUAAGAGUAACUAUGUAGAACCGUCGCUCGAGGAAGGUUUUGCUGAAAUCAUAAAGAUUCAUUUUGUGCCUCAGUUCACAAACCCAGAACUGGAGUCACUCUACCGUCAGUUUUCCGAAGGAUGACAGCAGGGUGGCAAUCUACCAGCCCCUGGACAGUCCCACGCAAGUCGUUUAAAGGACACCCCCCCCCUUGCCAGAGAAGGUAUGCUAAGGGAGGUGCUCCCCCUGCUGGUCAAAAGUGGUCAAGCAUUUGGACUGAAGGAGAUGGUGGUCCUUGGGCUGUUCAAAUUGCAGUAGAAGCUAAUUUACAGUUCUCUCCCCUCUGCAAAAAAAAAAAAAAUCAUUAAAAAAAUUAAUGUGAAUUAAAGUUAGG